AUGGACGCGUUCGUCCUUGUGGCGAGCGAGCCAAGGACAGGGGAGGGCGGAGAUCACCCGUCGUCCUGGUGGCUGUUGGGGACAAGAACCUUGGGCGACAGGCGGGAGGAGCUCGCCGCGCCGCCGGAAGAAGAGAUGGUGGUCGCCUAUCGAACGCCGCCGCCGCCGCUCUUCCCCCUCACCUCUACAUCCCCUCCCUCCGCUCCUGCUGUCCUGCACCAGAACGACCGCCGCGGCCAUGGCCUCACGAAGGACAGAGGCGGUGCCCCCAAGUACCAGUGCGUCGCGGCGGCUCGUUCGCCGGCGCGCGCGUGCACUGACCUUGGCAUUCGCCGCUCCCUGAUCCGGGACGCCGACAUCCGGCAUCCGCAGAGCAACAGGCAGGAGGAGGGGCGAGGCGUCCUAGCUCUAGUCCCGUUGGUCCAGCAGCUUCUCCCUCACAUCCCUUGCAGCUACCUUGGAGCCUUGGAGGGGCAACAGUUUCCAGACAGAAAGAUUGAGUGGGAGGAGCUGUGCUGCGUGCUGAUGGUUGGUGAACAUGUUCCACAUGUCCUGCUGCUCAGGCAUUUCGGCUGCCUGGGACCUAGAAGACGACCCAUGCCUGAUGCUGCUACAUGUCUUAUUAAGUGCAGUUUUGCCAUAGUGAGGUAUGAUCGUUUUUAUUUAAUAUUUUGAUGUGAUGUGAUGGUGUUUUGCAUCAUUGGUUAUUUGUUGCGCUUGAUUUCAUAUUAAGAGGCAUAAAGAAGCUGUUUUUUCACGUGGUUCCUAUCAAUUUGAUCUUCUGAAUAUGUUUUGGAUCUUAAAAUAUCAGUGGCCUUUGCUAUUAUACACCAGCACAUACUUUGUAUGUAAUUUUAGUCUU